GUCCUGUCCUUCGGAACUGGGGAAUGGUUAGCGGUUGCGCCUGGUGACCACGUGGAUCCGGCAAUGCCAACUCCUGGAGCUGAAACGCUGGAAUUGAAGAGUUUUGCUACAGUUUUCUUUCAAUUUUGUUUUUAUUUACGCAAAUACAUUACCUACGCAACUUUCCUAACUACUAAAGAUGAAAAUUAAACGACAGAAAACCGCAAGAAAACUUAUUUCGUUUUAUAAACAUAACUAUGGCUUCCGAGAACCUUUCCAGAUCCUUUUUGAUGGGACUUUUUGUCAAGCCGCGCUGAAGAAUAAAAUUCAGAUCAAGGAGCAGAUACCCAAGUAUCUGAUGGGAGAGGUACAGCUGUGCACAACUUCUUGUGUCCUGAAAGAGCUGGAAUCACUUGGGAAGGAAUUAUAUGGUGCCAAAUUGAUAGCUCAACGAUUUCAAGUUAGAAACUGCGGUCAUUUCAAAAACCCUGAAAGUGCCUCAGCUUGUCUUUUGUCGAUGGUUAAAGAUAAUAAUCCUCAUCACUAUUUUGUGGCCACGCAGGAUCCACAAUUAACAAUGAAAAUUAAGAAGUUGCCAGGAGUCCCUUUGCUGUACAUUAUACAGAACACUAUAGUCUUGGAGAAGCCUUCUUCCAGAUCGAUCGCACAGCUACCUUCACUGCACAAUCAGCAGUUUGUCCCCGUACAUCAGCAGCAGACUAUCCAACACUUGAAAGAGCAACAGGGCCUGGUGAGGGAAUCUGAACCCCGGCUGAAGAAACGCAAAAGAAAAGGAGGCCCUAAUCCACUCAGUUGUCUUAAAAAGAAAGUGAAACCGCAAGAACAGCCGGCUAAUGAGAAAAAGAAAAGGAGAUCGAGAAAGAGAAGGAGAACAGCCCAAUCAAGCAACAGCGGAGUAGAAACUUCUGUGUAACUAUAAAGUUUUUAUGGACGUUGGUCGUAAAGUUUGUAUGGGUGUUAGUCAACGUGUGUUACAGUGUCAUUUUUCCAUAUCAUUUUCGGUUUGCAACAAAUUCAGAUCGCAACUUUGCUAUAAAACCUAAUACAAAAAUUUUUUGAAUUUUAUUUGUAGAAAAAUAUGUUGGACAAAAAUGUUGUUAUGUUUGACUUUGUAAUUUCAUACGAACCACUGCCUAACUGCUGAUGGUCUGCUUAUAAUAAUGGUGCAAUUCAUUUGCAGCAUAGAAAAUAAUUAUUAAUACAAUGUUAUAAUGUUUUGCCCUAAUGUUAAAUAUUACAUUGGAUAUCUCAGAUUUUCUUCAAGUAUUAAAUGUGAACUCUAUCUGGUUUAUCAUCAUGAAGUAACAACAAGGUACCUUCUGGGUAGUAAAAUUGCUAUGGUUGAAAAUAUAAGAUUGCCUCUAUUACCAUUUAGAAUAUCUCCUUUACUAAAUAUCUUUGAAGAUAUUUUCAUAAAUGAACCAACCAGUAGUCAUGAUCACAUAAUGGAGACCGCUCCUCCCCUCUAAUAUGAUGAAGGGUCUUGGCCUGAAAUGUCGACUGUACUCUUUUCCAUAGAUGCUGCCUGCUGAGUUCCUCCAGCAUUUUGUGUGUGUGUUGCUCCCCUCUUAAUAGUCUUGUUUGAUUUUAUUGUUGCCGGGUGACCUUCACUCCUCACUUCUACAGUCUUCUAUGGCUGAAUGUUGCAUUCCAAAAGACAUCGGAGCAAAUUAGGCCAUUCAGCCCAUCGAGUCUGCUCUACAACUCUCAUAGGGUGAUUUUUAUUUGUUUAGUGAUACAGCAUGGGGUAGACAUUUUCUGGCCCUUCGUGCCACGCUACAGCAGCACCCCACAACUCCAAUUAAUUGUAAACUGAUCAUGCGACAGUUUACAAUGACCAGUUAACCUACCCAGUAUGUCUUUGGACUGUGGGAGGAAACGGGAGCACCAGUGGUGGGGGGAAACCAUGCAUUCCAGGGGAAGCUUGUGCACACUCUCCUUACAGUACAGCAUCAGAAUUGAAUUCCAAACUCAGGAACACCCCAAGUUGUAAUAAUACCAUACUAACUGCUACGCUGCUGUGGCGCCCUUUAUUCUCCCUCUCAAUUCCAUUCUCCUGCCUUCACCCUUAUCAAGCAGGAAUAUAUCAACCUCUGUUUUAAAUGUACCCAAUGACUUAGCCUCCACAACCAUCUGUAGCAGUGAAUUCACAGUUUCACCACCCUCUGGCUAAAGAAAUUCUUCCUCACAUUCAAUGUUAGAGAAAUGUAUACAAUAUACAUCCUGAAAUGCUUUUUCUUCGCAACCAUCCAUGAAAACAGAGGAGUGCCCCAAAGAAUGAAUGACAGUAAAAUGUUAGAACCCCAAAGGACCCCCUCGUUCCACGUGUAAGCAGCAGCAAGCAACAAUCCUCCCUCCCCCCCACCCCCACCAGCACAAAGGAAGCAUUGGCACCCGCCACUGAGCACUCAAGCGUGAGCAAAGCAACAGCAAAGACAGACUUGCAGUUACGCCAAAGACUUUGCGUUUCACUCGGUAUUUGACAUACCACAGGCUCUCUCUCUCCCUAAUAAGGGAGAAAGAGGCGUCUCCAUUUUCACAGUGAACGGGGAGACAUAACAAACAACUCGUUGGUUUACGAUGUUAGAAGUCCACGGUGUUGCUCUUUUCAAGCUCUGUGCCCAAAGAUCUGGAGUCUCUGGGCAUACAGCCAUUGAUAUUCCGAAUCCCCCGACGACACGUGGGUCUCCUGCCGUGACACCAACCUUCGAUCCACCGGUCUCCAGAGUCCUGAGAUCCUAGGCCUCCAAAGCCGAGCCCUUGGCGUGCCAAACAAUGGCCAAUUAGGAAACCCCAAGAACUGUAGUCAUUUCUAUUCUAAAUGGACAUCUCAAAUGCAGAGGCUGUGUCCUGUGGUUCUCGUCUCUCCCCACUAUAGAAAACAUACUCUUCAUCUAGGCCUUUCAAUAUUCAAAAGGUUUCAAUGAAGUCAUCCUUCAUUCUUCUAAACUCCAGUAAAUACAGGCUUGGAGACAACAAAGGCUUUUCAUACAUUAACCCUAUCAUUCCUUAAUUAAAGAUAUUUAUUUUCUUAACCCUGCUACUUUAUGGGUAUACAAUCAAUCAAUGUAUAUAAACUAUACUAUGUAUUUAUACUUACUGAAUGUUUUUCUAGUAUUGUGUUCUUUAUCUUUUGUGCCACAUGAGAUCCGGAGUAGCAAUUCUUUCAUUCUCAUGCUUGUGUACAGCAAAUGACAUUAAACGAUCUCUCUUC